GCAGGCACCUAUGUUCCUGGCUCCCUGACGCAGCAGCUGCGGUCUCCCGUUAUCAGAGCAGCGUUGUGGGGUGGGACGGCUCUGUUUGUUCAAGGUUUAGGCCUGAGGGGCCCCAGCUCCCAUGAUGUCAAACUGGCCCUGUAUAAGAUGAGAGUACCCCAGCUCUCAGCUUCAAGCAGCUGACCCGCCGCCAGUGCCGCCACUGCCAUGGCCCAGCCAGCUCACUGCACCCGCUCUGACUUUGGCCUCCAGUACUGCCUCCUCUUCCUUCUAGCUACUCAGGGGACAGGUGCUAGCACAUUUCAAGAAUUUCAGAACCCUGGUGAAUCUCCAACAUCUGAUAAUUUAUCUCCUCGUACACCAAACCUUAUUUAUACUACUCCCUCUGACCACACUGCUCUUCAUUUAGGACACAGCCCUCCAGACAACCCUAAAUCUCCGGAAACCCAUCAACCUAAACACCACUGCAAUGCCACACACCAUUUGAGACCAGUUUACAAACCUAUAGAGAACUCCAAAAACUUUACAACUCAUCAUAAAGCUGCUCCCACUUCUGUACAAAACCCCAGCAAUCAAGGAAAAGACCCAGUUAUCCGGAAUGGACGAUCUGCUGACUCCAAUAACACACGCAAAAAAUUAUCUGAUGCAACAUAUCCAACUACAAAACCCACAAGAAAAACAACUUGUCGUCAGACCACAACAAGCAUACCAACAGUAAAGACAAAUGCCUUCAAAACUUCAACACCCUUGGAAAGUACCAUCAUUACAUUAGACAGUAAGAGCAUCACAAUUCCUUCCCACCACUCAGUUAAAUCAGAGAGCAGCAAUAGACUCACAUUUUCCUCAGAAAAAAGCACAACAUACAAGGCAUCAAGAACCACAGAAAAGAAAAAAAAAGUUGAUGAUCAUACAGCACCUGCUAAUUACAAUACUACAGUAGCUUCAGAUAAGACACUGAUAAAGACCAGAGAACAAACAAAAGAGACACCAAGAGUCACUGAAAAGAACAAACAAACACCAGUAAAACCUACAUACCACCAACAAAAGACCAUUUCAGUACAUAUGAACACCACAAGAGCACCAGCAAUACCUACAGAACAUAAACAACAGAGGACAUCAGCCCAUGAGAAGAUCACAAGAGACCCAGGAAUACCUACAAAAUAUGGACAACAGAGCACAUUGGUCCAUAAGAUCACAGGAACCCCAGCAAUGCCUACAGAACAUGGAAAACAGAGCACAUUGGUCCAUGAGAUCACAAGAGCCCCAGCAAUGCCUACAGAACAUGGACAACAGAGCACGUUGGUCCAUGAGAUCACAAGAGCCCCAGCAAUGCCUACAGAACAUGGACAACAGAGCACAUUGGUCCAUAAGAUCACAGGAACCCCAGCAAUGCCCACAGAACCCAGAGACCAGAGCACAUUGGUCCACAAGAUCACAAGAGCCCCAGCAAUGGCUACAGAGCAUGGACAACAAGGCACAUUGGUCCAUGAGAUCACAAGAAGCCCCAGCAAUGCCUACAGAACAUGGACAGCAGAGCACAUUGGUCCAUGAGAUCACAACAGCCCCAGCAAUGCCUACAGAACACAGACAACAGAGCACA